AUGACCACAGCCGACGAGUACAAAGCAGAGGGUAAUAAAUACUUUGCUGCAAAAGAGUUUGAAAAGGCAAUCGAGGCAUUCACAAAAGCUAUCGAGGCCUCACCAGAACCGAAUCAUGUACUUUACUCCAACCGUUCUGGCUCUUAUGCAUCAUUGAAAGAGUACGAUCAAGCAUUGAAAGACGCAGAUGAGUGUGUAAAGAUUAAUCCAUCAUGGGCUAAAGGUUACAACAGAGUUGGUGGCGCUCAAUUCGGUCUAGGAAACUUGGAGGAUGCCCAAAAGGCGUACGAGAAAUGUUUAUCAUUGGACCCCAGCAAUGCUCAAGCUAAGGAAGGAUUGAAGUCUGUUGAAAAUGCUAUUAAAGCACGAAACUCUAGUGGUGACAUGGGACUUGGUGCUAUUUUUAACGACCCUAAUUUAAUCACAAAAUUAAGGAGCAAUCCAAAAACAAGUGAGUUGAUGAAGGAUCCUGAUUUGGUUGCAAAAGUGCAGCAGAUUCAAGCUAAUCCCAAGGCAAAUGCAACGCAACUUUUAUCUGAUCCAAGAUUGAUGACUAUAAUUGCAACAUUGAUGGGCAUUGAUAUGGAUUUUCCAUCUGAUGCAGGCGAUGUCCCGUCACUGAGUGAACCCAACUCUUCCAAGCAAGAAAAUGAACCAAAAAAGGAAACUGAAUCAAAAGAGGAAUCAAAAGCAGAUCAAGAUAGGGACUCAAAGGAAACCAAAGUUGAUGAAGAGGGGGACGUGGAGAUGAAGGGCGCAGAACAAGGUGACAAGGAAGCUGCCGACAAGGCAAAAGCAGAAGGCAACACACUCUAUAAACAGCGCAAGUUCGAUGAAGCAAUUUCGUCCUACGAUAAGGCUUGGGAUUUGCAUAAAGAUAUCACCUAUUUAAACAAUCGCGCGGCAGCGGAAUAUGAAAAAGGUGAUUACGACGCGGCCAUUGCAACUUGUAAUAAGGCUGUUGAUGAAGGAAGAGAUAUGAGGGCUGAUUACAAACUAAUUGCCAAAGCUUUUGCUAGGUUGGGUAACAUUUACUUGAAAAAAGAUGAUUUGGAGCAAGCAGUCAAGUACUUUGAUAAAUCAUUAACUGAACACCGUACACCUGAAGUGUUGAACAAAUUGAGAAGCACACAGAGGGAAAUCAAGACUAGGGAAGCAGAAGCAUAUAUCAACCCAGAGAAGGCAGAAGAAGCUCGUUUGGAAGGCAAGGAGUACUUUACCAAACAAGAUUGGCCAAAUGCAGUAAAAGCAUAUGGUGAAAUGAUCAAGAGGGCUCCUGAAGAUCCAAGGGGUUACUCCAAUAGAGCUGCAGCCUUGGUUAAACUCUUGUCUUUCCCCGAUGCAAUCAGAGAUUGUGAUGUUGCCAUUGAAAAGGAUCCAAAUUUCAUUAGGGCAUACAUUAGAAAAGCCAAUGCCCAAUUGAUGAUGAAGGAGUAUGGUCAUUGUAUGGAGACACUUAAUGAAGCUCGUGAAAAGGAUUCCAAAUUGGGAGGAAAGAAUUUGCAUGAAAUCGAUCAAUUAUUUGCCAGAGCCAGUACUCAGAGAUUCCAAGCUAUUGAUGGUGAAACCCCCGAACAAACCAUGGAAAGGGUUUCAAAGGACCCCGAAAUUGUUCAAAUUUUGCAGGAUCCAGUAAUGCAAGGAAUCUUGGCACAAGCAAGAGAUAACCCAGCUGCAUUACAAGAGCACAUGAAAAAUCCUGAAGUUGCGAAAAAGGUUAAUAUGUUGAUUGCAGCAGGAGUUAUUCGUACUAGAUAA